CUCAUUGAUAAUUUUGAUUUUUUGUUUCUGUUUGACGUGAGGAUUUUGAAUAUUGCUAUUUCACUCGUAUGCUACAUCUUUAUCAGCAACUGGACUAUUGCUGAAAUUGUCAAAAUAUUGAGCCAGAUUCUUUAUACGCAGAUAUUUUAAUAACAUAUGACUGAAAAAUGACAAUUAUUAAUAGUUCCAAACGAAACGUUACCUUUAUUAAACAUACAUGAAUAUUAGUAGAAACAAAUCGCCGCACACCUUUAAGCCUAUCGAGUGAAAUUGUGUCCACGGUUUUGUAAUAAUUUACGUAAAAUUGUGGCAGUCAAUAUACGGUUUCGUACAACGUAACGUCAUGUUUAUUGACUGAUGGCCGACAAUUUGCUGACAAAUUGUCAUUUCUUUUUAAUGAAUAAAUAUUUUUUUACGCAGACUGACGAGUGAAUUCAAGGCUUUUUUAAGGUUCUGCAUCUCUCAUAAAAAACCUCGUCAUGGCUUCGAGCGAGGUGACGAAGCUUCAGCAGCACCUGGCGCUGCUAAAGGAAGAGUAUGGGAAGCUGCAAAGCCAUUGCGCUGAGGUGGAGCGCAAGUAUACGCUGGCUGCUGCGUCGGCCGGUGACCUGAGCGAGACGAGCUUUGUGGCGCGCCUGCUGAUGACAGUGGCCACUUUGUAUGGCAGGGAGACAUACUCUGAUAUUACUAUCAAGCUGCAGAGCAAGUCCAUGCCUGGUCAUAAGUUCGUACUGAAUGCACGCUCUGAUGACUGGAAUGAGGAAGCCCUUAAAAAUCUAGAAGAAUUAGAUUGGACUACCCUCCCUGAUGAGAUAGGUGCUGCUCUUCUUAAAUGGUUAUACACAGAUGUGGUUGACUUGUCCCGAGGAGAUUCCUUUGCUCUUCAAUUGAUGAAAUCAGCAGCAGGCUUCAAGCUCCAUGGUUUAGUUGGAAAGUGUGAACAAGCCCUUAUAGCGACUGUUGGAGUUAGAUCCUGUGUAAAGUUUUAUUCAGCUGCUGAUGAGAUUGGUGCAUCAGCUCUGAAGGAGCACUGCUCAGGACUUAUAUCGGCCCAUUGGGAUGAUCUUACAGGUGAGGACUUCGCGCACAUGUCGUCGGCGCUCCUGUACCGAAUGCUGAAGAGUAAGACCUCGCAGCCGCUGCACGGCGCCGUGCGAUUGCUGCGGGAAGAUGUCGUGUUCCUGUGCCUCGUCGAGAACCACGCCAACUUAACAGACAUAGUGAACGCUAUGUCGACGCGCGGCGAGCUGCCUCUAGAGUUGGCUCUCCGGGGGCGAAGCUCCUCGAUAGCCACGACAUUGCUGCAGCACUGCGCGGAUGCCGAUGCGAGGGGCCCGCGUGGUCGCACUCUGCUGCACCGCGCCGUCGACUCCAGAGACGCCUUCUCCGCCAAAUUCCUCGUCGAUAAUGGCGCUGAUCCUAAUCUAACCACCAAAGAAGAGGGUGACACUGCGCUACAUUUGAUAGCAUCACUCACGUCCAGUUCAUGUGACGAAGAAACCAUGGAGCAGAUGGCUGAAAUCGCUGAAGUGAUGGUACAAAAAGGAGCUGAUAUCAACAGACAAAAUAGAAAGGGAUACACUCCCCUACAUCAAGCAGUGAUAGCUAGAAACCAAAGGAUAUUCGACAUACUUCUCAAGCAGCCAACGUUAGAUACCAAUUUACGGACUUUAAGUGACGAGCAUCCGCCUCUGUACUACGCACUAGUGGACGACAGGAGGGCGUCUAUAUCCUCCAGCGAGACUUUAGUAAUGAAUGGUUCCAACCCCUUCGAUACGCCAGUAACGAAUAAAAACGCCUUCACCGAAGACCCUGUGGAGGGCAAAACAGAAAGUGUAGUUGAGAGAGGGUUCGCAGCCAAACUAUUGGAGAAAGGUUGUCAGCCGAACCCGCUGUAUUCGGGGGCUGGAGACAGUCUAUUACAUAUUCUUGCUCAAGGAUGGUUCGAGGAAUCAGCAGUGUUCUUGGUGUCUCACCUGAACGGUGAGUUGAACCACAGUAACGAGGCAGGCAUGAGUGCGCUCCACGCGGCCUGCGCUAACGGACUCGCGCGACUGACUGCCACUCUGCUGGAACAUGGUGCCAGGCCUAACUUGCAGACUGCGUAUGGAGAGCAAGAGGACACUGUCUAUAGACAAACGCCGCUACACUUGGCAGUACUGAACAACCACGAGGGAGCAGUACUGGCCAUCAUAGAACAUAAGAAGCUGAUAGAGAAGGGCGACAUGCCCGCCACCGACCGCAGUAACACUAGCCUUACACCCAACCUUAACUUGAAGAACUCUGAAGGAGACACACCGGUCAGCUUGGCGCUCACUGAAGGUCACAAAAACUUAGUGGCGCCGUUGAUCGAAGGCGGUGCGGACCCUAACAUUAGGAAUGGCAAAGGAUUCACACUGUUACAUCAAGCUAUUGUAGAAGAGGACUCUAGAACAGCUAUAUACCUGCUCGACCAUGGAGCUGAUAUGAAUGCACUCACGGAGGCAGGCGAGACUCCCCUGCAGCUAGCGAUCCACUGCCGGCUGGGGCUGGUCGUGGAGGCGCUGUGUGUGCGCGGCGUGGACAUGAGUCGACUCGACGCCAACGGGGUGCCGCCACUAUGGGCCGCGCUCGACUCCGGCCAGGAGGAAGUCGCUAGCAUCCUGGUGAGAAACGGUGCGGACGCAGACUGUUGGGGACCAGGCCCUGAUGGAUGCAUACAGACGUUGUUACACAAAGCAAUAGACGAGAACAAGGAGUCGCUAGCGAUGUUCCUGAUCCGGUCGGGGUGCGACGUGGAGUCCCCGCGCCGGCUGGGUCCGGCCGGCGAGGGCGCUGAGGUCGCCAACGAGAAACAUUCCCCACUACAUCUCUGUUGUACUUGGGGACUUACUGAUGUUAUACAGACCCUCUUAGAACAUGGCGCAAACAUAAACUCUAAGGACGCGGAAGGCAAGACGCCCCUUCAUAUAGCGAUUGAGAACCAACACGCCGGUAUCAUCACACUGCUACUGUCACAACCCGGAAUCGAACUGUCCGCAAGGGAUAACAAGGGAGUGUCGCCCUUCGCGGCCGCGCUUACAGCCAGGAACAAUAAGGCAGCUCAAGCUAUAUUGGAGAAGAAUCCUUCAGCUGCUGAACAGGUGGACAAAAAAGGUCGUAACUUCCUCCACGUGGCGAUACAAACAUGCGACGUGGAGAGCGUGAUGUUCCUCCUGUCGGUGGAGGUGGACGUCAACUCGCGCGUCCAGGACGCGACACUAGCGCCACCACUCCACCUCGCGGCCGCCACCGGACACGAGGUGCUGCUGCGGAGUCUGCUACUGGCUGGGGCCCGGCCUAACGACAGGGAUGCGCACAAACGCACCGCGCUGCACGUGGCGGCGGGCGCGGGCCACGAGGCCAUGGUGAGCGCGCUGGUGUCGGGCGGCGCGGAGUGGGCCGCCGUGGACGCGGCCGGCGACAACGCGCUGCACGUGGCCGCGCGCGACGGACACGCCGCCGCCGCGCGCGCCCUGCUCGCCGACACCGACAUCGACGCCGCCGCUACCAACCUCAAGGGUAGAAACCCAUUGCACGAAUUAUGCUGGUGUAAAAAGGACAACGCAGCGACAAUCUGCGAAAUAUUCCUUGAAUUUAUGCCUGACUACCCAAUCAACAGGACUGAUUUACAGGGUAACACUCCGCUCCUAUUAGCAUACAUGAACGGUCAGGGCGCGAUGUGCAGAGUCCUAGUGCGGGCCGGUGCAUGUCUAGCGCAAGAGAAUAAAGAAGGAAUAUCUAUAUUCAAUUACCAAGUGGCUACGAAACAGUUACUGCAUCGCCUUCUAGACGUGUUGCCGGCCGAGGCGCCCUGGGCGGAGAGCGAUCUGUGCCAAGAGUGCGGCACUAAGUUCACGCUCACCAUGAGGAAACACCACUGUCGUCAUUGCGGCCGCAUGCUCUGUAACAAGUGUUCCAGUCAAGAUGUACCGAUCCUCAAGUUCGGUAUGAACAAGCCACAGCGGGUCUGCGAGAUCUGCUUCAACGUGCUGCAGGUCGGCGCGAGUUAGUGACUGGAACGUACGGCAGCCGAACAUUUCGUACAGCGUCUGUGCGUUGAUCCGAUCUCUAUUGCUCCCUUCGACUUAUUGACGCGCGUGUUCGUUGGCCACAUUUCAUCACAAGAGCAAAUGUAUUCAAUGUAACUCGUGCGAUCACGUCGGCUAUCCUGGUACAUGUCGGUUCUGUAAGAGAACCCACAUGUUUAACAAUCAGUGGUAUAUAGUACCUACUCUACAAUCUACCCGAGUCAUCUAAUUAUAAAAGGAUUUUAUAAAUUAUAUUGCAGUCAUAGGACCGUGACUACAAUAGCUCUUAUAUCGUUAGCCUACAGAGGCUAGACCGUUUCUCCCAGCUUCUAGUUGGUAACUUAUAUAAUUUCCCAAUAUUGUAAAUCUUAGUAUUUAACUGUAUGUAUAAAUAUUUACAUAAUGCCUACGCCUUUUGACUCAAUAAAUGACAUUUAACGUAAGUCACAGACAGCGUGAUUUCUUGUCUGUUAAGGUUUAGAUAGCAAUAUGUUAUUUUGUACUAAAACAUUGAUAUGAUGUUCAAUGUGAUUUAGUUAAGCUUGAAAGGUCACAGUUAAAGUUCGGAGUAUACUAUGUAAUGCCUAGAAUGUAAUUUUUACAAGCCAAGAGCGCGUCCAUUAGUUGAUAAUAUAACGAGAACAUAAAUUUGCUUAUAAUAGUGCCUCUACACUUAUUACACGACACAUGUUUAGGCUUCUUUUACUAAAUUAUACCAAAGUUUUCUAUGCUUUCGUUUCCGACAUUUCUAGCUUUAAUAAUUAUAAUAUUGAUUUAUAUUAUAUUGUUAAAUAUUAUUGUUUAAAUUUUAUAUAUGUCACACA